CGAACGCUCUGUAUGGUUCGGAUUCUUGAUGCCGAUGCACUUGGACAUUUUGCGGACAGAGAUAUUCCUCGCACGCGCUUUGAUUCAGCGAAAUGCCAAGCGUCGUUUAUGACCGAUGAUGUCAGUAUUUCCGGAACUCUCACCAACAGUCGUCCUCCCAGAGCCACCAGCCACAAUUCUGCAUCAACUCCUGCUUCACGAUCUUUAUUUGCGAAACAAUGUCCUGCGAUUGCACAUCGUUUCCUAUCUUUCAACAUUAAAAUCUUGCUGGGCAUCGACGGCGUGCAUCACUUCUCAGAGCGGCAUCCAUGCAAUCAUGAUCAUCGGCGGGUUGCGGAAUGGUGUCCGCAAGCCCACAGUGAGUGGACUCAAGAGCGGGCGCCUUGCUGGCUUUGACGUAGCGCGACAGCCCACCAAUCCGCAACUGCGGGAUCGUGAGACCCUGCGUCGGCGUGAUUCUGACGAAGUUUCUGUCGCUCAAUCGCCGUCGGAGGUAACACGAUUGCCGAUCAUGACGCCUGAGGCACGAAAGCAUCAUUUCAAGCCCCCCAUCAUCCCGACGUGAACGAAGUCGGGACAGAAAGUUGGUCUCGACUUUCUGGGUAAAAGAGAAAAUAAUGCUCAUCGCUUUGGUGGCCUACAGCUGGCCAGCAGCAACUCAACACCUCUGCGCAGGCGGUGCCCUUCCUUGCAGGU